CGGGGAGGGGGGCGAAUGGUACAGUCCUCCGCCCGCGCCUCGGCCCGCAGGGAGCGAGCGCCGAGCCCAGCGCAGCCGCUGCCGCCGCCGCGGAUCCCGAAGCCGAGCUGGGAGGCGGCGAUGGAAGGAGUCAGCAGCCACCGGACCCUGUCCUACAGCCGCUGGAGCUACGACAGUGUCUUAGAUGAUGAGGGCAGCAACCUGAGGCAGCAGAAGCUGGACCGGCAGCGGGCCCUGCUGGAGCAGAAGCAGAAGAAGAAGCGUCAGGAGCCCCUGAUGGUGCAGGCGAACGCGGACGGGCGGCCGCGGAGUCGGCGGGCCCGGCAGUCGGAGGAGCAGGCGCCCCUGGUGGAGUCCUACGUCAGCAGCAGCGGCAGCGCCGGCUACCAAGUUCAAGAGGCCGACUCACUCUCCAGUGCGCAGCUGGGAGCUGCCCGCCCAACAGCACCAGCCUCAGCCAAGAGAACCAAGGCGGCAGCUGCGGCGGGGGGCCAGGGCGGGGCCUCUAGGAAGGAGAAGAAGGGGAAGCACAAAGGCACCAGCGGGCCGGCAGCACUGGCAGAAGACAAGUCUGAGGCCCAAGACCCGGUGCAGAUCCUGACUGUGGGCCAGUCAGACCACGCUCAGGACGCGGGGGAGACGGCAGCCGGCGGGGGCGCACAGCCCAGUGGGCAGGACCUCCGUGCCACGAUGCAGAGGAAGGGGCUCUCUAGCAGCAUGAGCUUUGAGGAGGAAGAGGAGGACGAGGACGAAAAUAGCUCCAGCUCCUCUCAGCUCAACAGCAACACCCGCCCCAGCUCCGCUACCAGCAGGAAGUCCGUCCGGGAGGCAGCCUCGGCCCCCAGCCCGACAGCCCCAGAGCCCUCGGCAGAUGUCGAGGUCCAGGAUCUUGAGGAGUUUGCGCUGCGGCCGGCCCCCCAAGGUAUCACCAUCAAGUGCCGCAUCACACGGGACAAGAAGGGCAUGGACCGGGGGAUGUACCCCACCUACUUCUUGCACCUGGACCGCGAGGACGGGAAGAAGGUGUUCCUCUUGGCGGGAAGGAAGAGAAAGAAGAGCAAAACCUCCAAUUACCUCAUCUCUGUGGACCCAACAGACUUAUCUCGAGGAGGGGACAGCUACGUCGGGAAACUGCGGUCCAACCUCAUGGGCACUAAGUUCACCGUUUAUGACAACGGAGUCAACCCUCAGAAGGCAUCAUCCUCUACUUUGGAAAGCGGAGCCCUGCGUCAGGAGCUGGCCGCUGUGUGCUACGAGACAAACGUCUUAGGCUUCAAGGGGCCUCGGAAGAUGAGUGUGAUUGUCCCAGGCAUGAACAUGGUUCACGAGAGAGUCUCCAUCCGGCCACGAAACGAGCAUGAGACGCUGCUGGCACGCUGGCAGAAUAAGAACACGGAGAGUAUCAUCGAGCUGCAAAACAAGACCCCUGUCUGGAACGACGACACGCAGUCCUACGUACUCAACUUCCAUGGGCGCGUCACACAGGCCUCUGUAAAGAACUUCCAGAUCAUCCAUGGCAACGACCCGGACUACAUCGUGAUGCAGUUUGGCCGCGUGGCGGAGGACGUGUUCACCAUGGAUUACAACUACCCACUGUGCGCGCUGCAGGCCUUUGCCAUCGCCCUGUCCAGCUUCGACAGCAAGCUGGCCUGCGAGUAGAGGGCCUCCUUGUGCCCUUCGGGGUUGCCCAGCCUGGAGCGGAGUCGUCUGCCUGCAGAGACAGCCCUGCUUACCCUCUCUCUGUACAUAGGCCUCCUGCCAGACGAACCUUCAGCUCUCAGCGGCUCCCUGGCCCAGCCGGCUCGGACCUGGCUCCCCUGCCUCCACCGCUGAGACAGAGGACUAGGUGGGAGAGGUGUGUGUGUGAAGGGGCCAGCAUGAACUCUUCCUGUGCCCCAAGGUCCGUACGCACACCCCCGCUCUUGAGUUCAUAUCCUGCUGCAAUCGUGUUUGCCACGCUGGGCGGCCUCUUCAGCUGGGAAGGUAGGAAGAAACGUGGGGGGAGAAGAAGCACAGUGCAGGGCUGCUGCGGUCCAGCCAUCCACUCAGUCUAGGAGUCAGGUGACAACCGUUCCCCAACAGUGCAGGGCAUAGUAUGGGUGUGUAUGUGUGUGGUGGGUACAUCGGUUUUACACAAAAGGGCUAGGAUCGGCUUCCAGGCCCUUUGCUAACUCCAGAAAGUCCUCUGACUUCGGAAGGCUUCGGCCAGGCUAGGAGAAGUUAUGGGGGUUUGGGAAAGGUGAGUGGCAACACCUUGUUAGGACUGCGGGGGCCUGGCUACGGCUGUGGGAAUUGGUUGGUGGCCUAGGGUUCCCGUUCAUUUGAUUUCUCUAGGUUUUCUCUGCACAGAGGCAGCAGGCGGCCAGAGGUCUUAGAGGCCGGGGCCUGCAGGACCCAGGCUCAGCUUGCAGGAGGUUCACGGACCAGGUUCCCUGGACCGGGGCUAUGUUGGGAGGCCCGUCAGCCCGAGGAGCUUUCUGCUGAGCAGCUCCUGCACAGUGCCCGGGAAACGUGGACAGGGCCGGGGGCCGCAGCCUCAGCGUGCAGCCAGGUAGGCAUGCCUGGGACCGCGGCCAGCAGCGCGCCAGCCCUAAGCCAGGGCGUGGUCCAGGAAGAAAGUCUAGCUCCAGGGGCCCUGGCCUGUGUCUCGCACCCCUUGUGCUCAGCCUAGGUCAUGGCUGCUGAGGACUUCACGCAUGUGGUUCUUCUGGGAUGGGAAUGGGGCAGGGAGUAUAUCAGAACCACGAGAGAGGACAGGUGGCAGGAGCCUUAGAGAUGAACUAGGACAAUGUGUCACGUUAGGUGAAUCCCAUUUAGAAGAUGGACUUGCACCGGUCAACUAGCUGCUCGGUGGCAGAGUUCAGAACUUCCACUCCUUCGAUUUCUUCGUCCCUACCGUCCCCUGAGAAACUGCUCUGGUUCUCUGGCCUUCCUGGGACCCCGGUCCGCACGCCCGCACUCUUUUGCCCGAUUACAGAGACGUAGAGAUGUUGGACUUGAUGUAUGAAAUUGAAACCGUUUCAGCGGGCAAUUGGGCGGUUCCCUGCUGAAAGCUGGCUUUUUGAACAUCAGUCCGAGCAGGACCGCCCUGCGUCUGGCUUCUCCCCGAGGGCAGGCCCUGCCGAGGCCCUUGCGCCUUCCUCGGUUUGGGUGUGGUGGCUGAGGCGUGUGUGUUCCCGGGCUGGGCCUGAUCUCCACCCUCCUCAGAUGGCACCCCGACCCGGAACACUUGGGAACGCUAAGCCCUUGCCGGACCCUGGCAGAGGCUACUGGCCCAGAUGGAGGUCCGAAAUCAGUGGGAAGUAAGCAGGGGUUGUUCCUCCCUUCAGAGUAGAUGUGCUUAGAAAGGCUGCAUAGAAAUUUUUGUUUUAAGUAAGUCCUACUUGAAUCAUUUGAUUGAGGCUCCGUAGUGAGGGGAGUUGUUUUGACCCAAGUGGAAGUAGGAGUGUGUCCUCGUUUCCUUAGAAGCUCAGAUUUCCUACGUGGAGCGCUCAGAGCAAGGUGCAGCCGUUCUGGCGGGGCUCCGUGCGAGGCCCCUCCACGGGUCCAGUUUCUGGACCACUCUUGGGGUCGUUCUGAGGGCACUAGACUUUUUUAUACUGGGGCCAGUCCACUUUUCCAGUCCUAGUUGGGCUCUUUCUUACCCUUGUGACCGGGAGGAGACCUGCUGACAUUUGGGAUGCUGGAAGCUAGAUGUCUGAAGUCUAGUUUAAGCUGUUUCUCUGGGUCUUGGAUUCUUAAGUAGAAUGGGCUGGUUCGAGAGCCUAGAGGGAGGGAGGGAAGCCGUGUGGAAAAGGCAGAAGCACAAGGGCAAACUCUCGUAGCCUCCAUUCCAUUGACUAUGGGGGGGGGUGGUGGUGGUCAGGAACAUGGCUUCAGCUUCCCAGCCUGAACGUGGGGGAAGGGAGCUCAGCGGCCAAACUCUGUUGGGCACUGAGUGACAAGAGCAGUUGAGUCAGCUGCUCGAGACCCAGCUUCACAAGGUCUGUUCUCAAGACCCCAUUCCUGGUGAUGCUGGUUUCCCUGACCACUGGCCUCCUAGCCAUGGGCCCAAAGACUCAAAAUGCUGCCAAGGCCCCUGGAGACCACCUGGGCUUAGGAUCUCCCGGGGUAAGAGCGCUUGUCCUUCAUACCCUCUACCCAGAUGGGCCUUGAGUGGGCUGGGAACUGGAUGAUGGAAUGAGCAAGCCCUAAGGGUGGUGGGCAGCUGGGACCUCAGGCAGCUCCUGUCACUGCUUCUGGGGCCACACCCUCUUCCCCCAAGCAGCUCUUCCGUCGAGCAGGAUGUUCACUUCCCCACUCUUCUCCAAUUCUAGCUUCUCUUUCCUUCUGGCUCCAAGGUGCUCUGUGUCUGUCUGCGUGUCUGUCUGUGUGUAUUUGGGGAAAAGGGCAAUCUGCAAAUCACCAACUGAGGUUUCUUACUAUGAUCAUGUCUAAAGAUGAGUAGGAAAGGAAUAAGGAUAUUAUGAUCACCUGUGGAUUUUGUUCGUUCAUUUCAUGCUCUUUGGUCAGAAAGUAAACCUGGGAAAGUACCAGGUCUUUCUUGGGAGAAAGAUUAGGAGGAUACCAUCUAAGAAAUUUUAGUUUUUCAGUUCCAUUUUGCAUUACCUGAAGAAAUUGAUAUGUGACAUGCAGGCUUUUGGAUGAUGAACAUAUUCUAGUGAAUGUGCCUUAAAAAUCACGACACUAGUUCAGAAGGAGCAGGUAAGGUCCAGACACAUGCUGCAGACAGGUGCUAGAAGCCAGCGAGUGUGAAAAUUUGGAGUCUGUGUCCUUCAGUGACCAAAAGGGCAACAAAAUUACAGAAGCAGAAGCUCGUCUUUGGUCUGGAAAUAGAGUAUUUACCUCUGAGGAAGUUUACGUUUAGAGGAAAUUCUAAAUUUAACAAGCAGCAGUAAUGAUUUCAAGCCUAAUAAGGACGUGCUUUCCUCCCAGCGGGGUCUGCGGGGAGGGGAGCCGCCGGGCUGGCCGUGGCUCUGUUCUGCAAGCACAAACUCCCAGCCGGAGUCCCUGGUGUCCCCGCACCGCAGCAGCCCUGGCCUUCCCCUCGCCAGCACUCUCUGCCCCAGCUGGGCUCUACAUGUGACCUCAGGAUACCAGGUGGCCCUCAGAGCACACUUUUCCAGAGAGCCCGAAGGGUCUGCUGUGUCGUGGGGCCCAGCGUCGAACGGCAGCGGCCCCCAGGAACAGGCCAGGGCUCGGGCUCGGGUUCGUACUGGUUCCCUGUCGUUCUGUACCUCCAGUUUGCAAUCUUGUCGUCUCAGGAUCUGGGGGGCGAGGCACAGCAGAAGUGUGGGCAUAGAUUAGUUUCCUGACCAAGGUGAGAGGCACGUCGGUCUUCUAGAGAGCACUGCUGCACUUAGCUGUGUGAUUCGGAGCGAAGCACGUGAUUCUCCUAGGUGGUUUUCUCAUCCGCACACUGAGGAGGCUGGGCUGUCAAAGCUGUCAGUAAGAAUCAGGGUGAAUGAAAACUGGAUCCUUGCUUUCAUCACUACCUUUUCUGGUUCAUCACUGUGCCUUUUUUCUUUCCUCAGAAACAUGUCACACCCGUCCCUCUCUUCUGUUCGACUGCCCCUCUCCCUUCCCCCAUCAAGGUCCAGGCAGAGCUGCAGAUGAGGCCAAGAGCCAGAGUUCCCCAGAGCGUAAUUUCGAGUAGCUUAGAAAGGGAAGCCUGCCUCUGGCCUCCUGAAUCCUGCAGCGUUUCAGAGGGGACUUGGUCAGGAUGGGCGGCACUUCUCUUGCUGGGAGCAUCCAUUUAGCCAGUUUUCCUAACGCCUAGAAUGUGUAUGUCCAUUUGCACAAGAUUGUCUUUUCCUGUUCUGGAGUGGUCAUUUUAUUUUUGUUCCAAAUUAUCUGGAGUUUUAGACAAACUUGCAAAACUGUGCUUUUAUUAAGUGACUUUUUGAAUAAACUCUUUGGUAUUCUUGA